AUGGCGCACUCAGAGGAAGUCAUCACAAGCCGUCAACAUCAACAACAACAAAGACAUCUCUCUCUCUCCCUCUCUCUCUCUCUCUCUCUCUCUCUCUCUCUCUCUCUCACUCUCUCUCUCUCUCUCUCUCUCACUCUCUCUCUCUCUCUCUCUCUCUCUCUCUCUCUCUCUCUCUCUCUCUCUCUCUCUCUCUCUCUCUCUCUCUCUCUGCUCUCUCUCUUUUUAUUUCUGUCGCUGGCUCGAUCCCGGUUCCCACUCGACAUGGACUGGCGCGAUCAACCCCCGGACUGGCUCUCGCAAGGAGGCAAUUCGGGUAGCCUGGUCAACAAGUUUACCAACAUGUUUAGCGCAGGCGGUAGUUCGAGCAGUGCAUCCGCCAGCGCCGCCGCCAUGCCAUCCAGUGACCAGGUCGUGACGUCCCAAAAUUAUCGUCCUGCCUCAGUCACUUCCUCUGGUUCUUCCUCGGCCCGUCCUGGCAUUCAGCGCCGCCUGUCCCAGAGCGCUAUGACCGCUGUCGAUAUUGCCGAAGGCAUUGUCACAAACUUAAUGGGCCUCAUUGACGCCCUGCAAGAUGUGGCCCAGGGCGUGGAGCUCGCCCCCGACUCAGCUCAUCGCCAAACGAUCAAAGCAGCCGCCCAAACCCUGCCUCAACAAUUGAAUCGCCUCCUCGACACGGCCCAGCCCUCGCGACCGGCCUCGUCCCAGCGCCGGGCCUCCUUUGCUCGUCGCUCCUCCGUAUCACAGUCCUCGAUGCAACCCAUUCAGCAGCCCUCGUUUGACGACGGCAUGGAUGAGACCGAGCGCCGCCUUCGUGCUGAGCGUGAGCGCCAAGAACGCAUCAAACGUGGCAAUGCCGAUAGCCUGGGCCGCCCCCCGCCCAACUUCAAUCUGAUGCUCUCCCAGCCUGGACCGGUUCACCGCGAGGAAGACUCGAGCAUCGUAUACGAGGAAGAAACCCCAUCGAGCUUCCAGCAGCAGCAGCAGCAGCAGCAACAGUAUUACUCGUCUGCUGCACAAGAUGACGGGAUGGAUGAGACCGAGCGCCGCCUCCGUGCCGAGCGUGAGCGCCAAGAACGCAUCAAACGUGGCAAUGCCGAUAGCCUGGGCCGCCCCCCACCCAACUUCAAUCUCAUGCUCUCCAAGCCUGGUCCCCGCCGUACCUCCAUGAGUGACGUGGUGGUUGACGCAAUGGCCGCAACCGCGCAGCAGCAGUAUCAGCAACAACAGCAACAGCAACAGCAACAGCAACAGCAACAGCAACAGCAACAGCAACAGCAAGAGGCCCGAUCCUACCAACCUGAACCAGAGCCUCAGCCUGAGCCGGAAGAAGACUGGUCUCAUCUCGAUGAGACGGAGCGUCGUCUUCGUGCGGAGCGCGAGCGCCAGGAGCGUAUCAAGCGUGGAAAUGCCGACAGUUUGGGUCGUCCUCCGCCAAACUUCAAUCUCAUGCUCUCCAAACCCGGACCCGUACGUUCGACCAGCGUGUCCGAACAGCCCGAGUAUGAUAGCAUGCCACAGGACAAUUACGGUGGCGACGCUGCACAGGAACAGCCCCGUGAUUGGCGUGAGGCUCUCAAGCUCAAGAAGCAGCGUGAACGUGAGCAGGUCGUGCAGGCUGAGCGUCAGGCCAACGACGAAGAGGAGAACAAGUAUGCCCACUUGCCCCAGUGGAAGCAAGCCCUUCUCAAGUAUUUGCCUUGGUUGCUUCCCCAGACCGAGCACCGGUCGGGCAGCGUGUAUCCGUCUGGCUUUGACUGAGAGGCGUGGGUGCUGGCCGUCCCUCGUCGGAUAUCUUCCAAAUUCUUUUUUUCACGUAAUUUUAAGCUGACCCUU